GCAAAGUAUCGAGGUAAGUUUCUGUUAUGAUUUCCUGUGUGUUAGCUGGUGUGAGCAGACCUCCACUGUACCACUGCAUCUCUUCCUAAAUCCUGUUUGAGCUGAACAACCAACACAAGACAAAAUGAGUGCAGACAAAGUGACAAAUGAUGACAAACUGAAGAAUCUGGAGUGCCUCUUCACAUGGGACAUAAACAAAGGUGACAUCAAUGACUUGAAGGGCGUCCCAGAGAAGCUCCUGGACCGCGUCAAGUACUGUCCCCGCAGGUACAACGCCACCUACUUCAACAUCCUGGCCUUUGUGAGCCACCUGCAGGGUAAGACCGACACUGCCCUCGAAUACCUGGCCAAGUCUGAAGCCGUGCUGAAGGAGGAGAAGCAAGAUGAGGCAGAAUUCCUGGUCACCUACUCCAGCUUCGCAUGGUUGCACCAUCACCUGGGUAACAUGAAAGACAUGGAGACCUACCUGAGCAAGGUGAAGAGCAUAAGUGAUGGUGGAGACAUCGCCGUGGAAGCAGAGAAAGGGUGGAGCUUCAUAAGGUUGGGGUCUAAGUUCUAUCCACGGGCCAAGGAGAGCUUCCAGAAGGCUCUGAAAGCCAAGCCUAACAGCGUAUCCUACAAUGUGGGCUAUGCCAUAGUCCUUUAUCGGUUGGAGGAGCUUGUCAGAACGGAUGUUAAAGACAUGCCUGAGGACAGCCCUGCAGCCAGACAGCUACAGAGAGCCUUGGAUCUCGACCCCACUGAUGCUGAAGUGAUGGUCCUCUUAGCUCUGAAACAUCAAGGCUUUGACUCUUCAAAAUGCAGAGAGCUGAUCAGCAAGGCCCUGACAGGGUGUCCAGACGUGCCCCAUGUAACCAGGCAUGCUGGGAGAUACUUCAGGAGAGAGAGCUCCAUAGUUGAAGCGUUAAAAAUCCUUGAGGAGGCUGUCAAGAGAGCUCCCAAUUCCUCCUUCCUAUACCACCAGAUGGGACAAUGCCAUUGGCAGGAAGUGGUUACGAUGAAGAAGUCUGGAAAGUGGAGGGCAGACUCCGUACAGGUCAAGGCCGCCCUCGCUGAAAGCAUCCGCAACUUCAGCAAGACCGUGGAGCUGAAGCCGUCUAACACAUAUGCCUGGGUGCACUUGGCAAUAGCCUACGGAGAGGACCGACGGCUGGAGGAUGCCAAGGCCAUUUUCAUCAAGGUGCUUUCAGAUGACUCCCUGAGCGACACAGAGCGACAGCACUGCCACAACAAGUAUGGCAGCUUCCUGAGGCACCAGAUGAAGAGCAAGACCCAGGCAGUGGAUCAGUUUAAGAUGGCGUACAGGAUCGGGAUCGACAGCAGAGACCGGCAGGAGGCUCGAGAGAAUCUCCGGCAGAUUGGGAUCGACACGGCUAAAUCGUGGAGAGCCCAGGAGGAUGACGGCAUUUUGGCUUUUCUGUCUGAAGUUGACAGACAGCUAACCAGAGCUCCAGCAGCUGCAGAAAGUGAAAUUAAUGACCUUAAUGACAUCUUCAAAAGAAAGCUGGCAUUAUCAAGCCAGCUCAAAAAUACGCGCACAGGGCCCUAAUUUAAAUGGCAGGCAAAGUCUAUCAACAAGCUAUCGUGUGACAUGUGGGAUGAAUGUUCGCGGUUAAGUUCUGGCCCACAGUAUGAAAUUAGCAAAUUGAUGUUGUCUAUUAAAGUAACACUGAAGAGUUUUUCGUACCUUAAAAUAAUGUUUCCAAAAUCAUUUUAGCGGUUCAUCAACUUGUUACGGCACUUUUGCAUUCACUUCGCGGCCCUCUAUCGGCUAUAACCGCACUAUGUAACUUUACCAGAUCGGGUAGCGUACCUACUGUAGUUUGAUGACAUGAAACAUAGGAAACUACACAUUUGACUUGCCUCGAUGUCGCAAUACAUCAUGCUUUCAUAAAAUCAUGCAACAUACUCUACAUUUUCUGUGGACAUCAUUAUUUGCUGGAUAAACAAAUAGAGUGCGUGCGACUGAGAAAAAGUGCUUUAGUGUUGCUUUAAAUUAGCUUAGAGAUUUUCUAAGAUAUCUAAGAUUUUUAAUGCUGAAUUUCUGUGUCUUUUUUGCAUUAUCAGUUGUUGUCUUGAUCUUUGAUUUUAACUGCUACGGUAAUAAUGAUAGGUGCUCUGUAUGAAAUAAAAAAGCAUUA